GUCGCCGUGCCACUCUCAUACACAUACACUUUUCCGGUUCAAAACACGUGCACUGUAUCAAUACAUCACAUAAAUCUUCGCGCUACUAGUUUCGACAUAAAAUUUUAAAGACAAAUAUUUUGAUGCAAGCUUAACUUCUUGGACUUUUCGCGAAAUCAUAAAAGUCUUUAAAAGUGCUUAUAAGUUUGUUGUUUUGGAUUUUUAUUUCUCAAAAAGUCAUAUGUUCUAAACUGGUCUUCGUUAGUACCUUACCUAACAAGACCAGUCAGGAAAUAUUGACGUUUAUUGUAAAUGUGUGAUAAUAUAGUGAUUGACGUUUGGAAGAUAACAUUGGAGAGUAAAGUGCAGUGCAGUGCGUCCGAGGAGUACCGAGCGGGAGUCCCGAUGGCCGGCUCAGCCCGGCCGCGCUAGAUCGAUCCCGCCUCAUCGGCGCGGCUCACAUUGGUGGAGGGGGGUGAGCGCGGGGUGCGCGGUGCGGGGGGAUGCCCGUGCGCAAGGGGCUGCUCGCGCCCCAGAACACCUUCCUCGAUACCAUCGCCACUCGCUUCGAUGGCACACACAGCAACUUCGUGUUGGGCAACGCUCAGGUGCCGUGCUACCCGAUCGUGUACUGCUCCGACGGGUUUUGUGAGCUGACAGGGUGGGCACGCGCGCACAUCAUGCAGAAAGGCUGCGCGUGCAAGUUCCUCCACGGCCCAGACACACGCGAUGAACAUCGACAUGAGAUCGACGCCGCGCUAGAAGCAAAACACGAACUGAAACUAGAACUUAUAUUUUAUAAGAAAAAUGGAUCUCCCUUUUGGUGCCUGCUCGACAUCGUCCCAAUUAAGAAUGAGAAACGAGAAGUGGUUUUAUUUCUCGCCUCCUUCAAGGAUAUCACCAACACCAAGAUGGCCGCCAUGAACACUAAUGAGAACUUCGACAGCGGAGCCGCGGUGCGGCCUUCGGCUGGCGUGGUCACUCUAGCGUUAUCCCCAUUUGUACCCGCAGCGGCACUCUUGGGCGCCCGGUUCCGCGCUGAAUCUAGUUGCCUACUUCCAGACCCGAAUGGCAAUCUUGACCCCGAAGCGCCGUCGCCCGCGAACAUGGGCAGGCGACGCUCUAGGGCGGUACUAUACCAGCUUUCAGGACAUUAUAAACCGGAUAAAAUGAAGACGAAACUAAAACUCAACAAUGUUAGUAAGAAUCUAUUACACUCAUCGGACCCUCCGUUGCCUGAAUAUAAAACGUCAGCAUUAAAAAAGUCUAGAUUUAUAAUUUCUCACUACGGGGUGUUCAAAACAUUUUGGGAUUGGCUGAUCUUAAUAGCCACGUUUUAUGUGGCAGUAGUGGUUCCGUACAAUGCCAGCUUCGUUGACGAAGGCCACCCCAGGAUAAGUGUGACGAGUGAUGUCGUGGUAGAAGCGCUCUUCAUUAUCGAUAUAGUGCUCAAUUUCCGGACGACAUUCGUAAGUAAGAAAGGCGAAGUAGUCUCUGAUUCUAAGGCGAUAGCCCUUAAUUACAUCCGGAGCUGGUUUGUGGUGGAUCUCCUGGCGGCGCUGCCGUUUGACCUACUUUAUGCGUCCGACGUAUACAGCGGGGCGGAGUCGACACACGGAAAUGUGCAUUUAGUGAAAUUAACAAGACUGUUACGACUGGCCCGGCUGCUGCAGAAGAUGGAUCGAUACUCGCAAUACUCGGCUUUGAUACUGACGUUACUAAUGCUCUCUUUCACUUUGCUGGCUCAUUGGCUCGCUUGCAUUUGGUUCAUAAUAGCAGACAAGGAAAUUGAAAUUCAUAAGAACGAGAGUUGGGACUUAGGAUGGAUAAACAAUCUGGCGGAGAGGUUGAAAGUGCCGAUUCCAAACAUUUCACACAGCGAGAGCUAUGUGACGGCACUUUAUUUCACGUGCUCAUCUCUUACUAGUGUGGGCUUCGGUAACGUGUCAGCCAAUACUCUCGCAGAGAAGAUCUUCAGUAUCAUCACCAUGUUGAUCGGAGCACUGAUGCACGCUGUAGUGUUUGGUAACGUUACGGCUAUCAUACAGCGAAUGUACUCCCGCCGCUCCAUGUAUCAAAGCAAAUGGCGGGAUCUCAAAGACUUUCUCACCAUAAACCAAGUACCGAAGGAACUAAAGCAACGGAUGCAAGACUACUUCCAGACCAUGUGGUCGUUAAAUCACGGCAUCGAUAUACAUGAGACUCUCAAAGAAUUUCCCGAAGAGUUGAGGGGCGAUGUGUCUUUACAUUUACAUCGGGAGAUAUUAUCUCUUCCAAUAUUUGAGUCAGCUUCACAAGGUUGUCUUAAGCUGCUGUCUUUACACAUACGGAACAACUUUUGUGCCCCCGGCGAGUAUCUCGUCCACAAAGGGGACGCACUAACGUACAUCUACUACAUAUGCAACGGUUCCAUGGAAGUGAUGCAGAAUGACAUGGUCGUCGCUAUUCUCGGUAAAGGAGAUUUGGUGGGUUGCGAUAUGAAUACCCAUUUGCAAGCUUACAACGGUACAGGAUCGUCCCACCCGCAAGGGAAUAAUCCUGAUGUUGUGGUCAAAUCGAGCAGCGAUGUUAAGGCGCUAACCUACUGUGACUUGAAAUGCAUACACAUGGGUGGAUUGGCUGAAGCUUUGCGAUUAUAUCCUGAGUACCAGCAAGAGUUCAUACAUGAUAUACAGCAUGACCUCACGUACAACUUGCGGGAAGGAUAUGAGGCUGAAGCGGAGUCUGAUGGCAACGGGCACCCAUCUCUCACAUUACCUUCAAUAUCAGAGGACGACGAGAACGCUGCAGAAGACACAGCACUCACGCCCAAAAAACUACCCGUGUCAAACACAAACAGCCCUCGGCAUACAAAAUUCAGGACUGAUGGUCAGCCGCGCCUUUCUCAUAGAGAAUUGCGUGAAAGAAUAGAAAGACAGCGUUCAAUAGCAACGCCGAAAAUAUCUAGAGCCGACUCGCUGGAGGGGCUCAAUUUAGAAGUACAUAAUACAAGGUCGUCAGUAGACAGGCUUGACACCCAGGUAUCGAGCUUGCAUCACGACGUGGCCGCGCUUAGCAUGGAGGUUCGCCACGCCAUCCAAGCGUUACAAGAAAUGACAGCACCAACAGGAUGGCACGCAGCACAUUCCAAUCCUAAUCUCCAGUGGAACGCUCCACCGAACCAACUGGCUCGCAGCUGUAGUCAUCCGCCUGAUGUCUUCUGUUGGGAUCAGCAAGAGCGACCCCUCACGCCGGAGAGACCAAAGGUACACAAGACUACCCAAACUGAGCCUUUCCUACAUCUCGUCACGCAGUACAUUAUGGAGCACCCAGCUACUGUUAUGUUACUGCUAGGCAUCGACCCGAUGGCGAACCUGGCGCCCGUCAUGCCGGGCACGGUGGACUACUACACAGACACGCGAGGUCGACGGCCCAGCACAUUGGAACAAAUUAUAGAAUCGGAGGCAGGCAGCCAAACACCAUCCAGCACGACAAGCGAGAAGUUUGAACCAGUGAGAAGUCCUAGUGGAAGUGUAAAAGACCUAGAAGUGUCAAUAGAGAAUGAAGUGAAGAAACCGCCAGAAAAAGAAACGUUAAAUGCGACUAUGAGACGCAGCAGGUAUUCGACCAGUGACUUGUGCGAAGCCUCGGAACGAUUGCUCGCCACACGCUCCACGCACCCCAGCACUCGCAGCCUCAAGUUUAACAUCAACAGCUAAGUUUAUGAUUCCAUUUCGUCUAAAUAUAUGCUCAUUAGUCUUUAGUCUUCAAAUAAUAAAUGCCAUUAGUUUAAUUGUACAUUUGGUUACCUUAAAUUCUAUCUUAUAACUUAUAAGUGUAUUUCGUUUUAUAAAACGACCUUUGUAAUUUUUAUCACUACUUCUUGAUCAACGAAAUCUAUCUAUAUCAUUACGAAUAUCUUCUAGUUAGUAUGUAUGGCUAGGACAUCAUACUGAACGAUUGUACAUAUCAAGUUUACGAGAAGUUGUAUUGUUAGUUUAGUUUGUAAUUCUACUUUAUCUAGUCACUGUUUAGGCUUAACGAAAGAGAGAGACGUUGGGAAUUAAUUUGGGUCCGAUGUUUAAGAAUUUGCUACUGAUAUUGAAUGGCAAGACGCAUUUGUUGCAUAUUCGUGUACAAAUAAAUUCAUUGUUCUGUGGUCUUUAGACAAACAAGCUUUUAAAUAUUAACAGUUUUCUUAUAAUCCAUGCAGUUCUUAGUAGCAGGUACAUACAUACAUACAUCACCAAUCGGGAUGAGUUAUAGCUCCAUUUGCAUACGUAUGAAGAAAUGACCUUGAAAGCUUUGUAAACAUUUUAAGGCGUUUAUGUCAUACAUUUAUCCAUAUUGUUGAUAAGAUAGUUCUCUAUUUUAUAAUACAUUUUAAAAUAUUGCCGUCAAUUCGGUGUGUUUAUGUAAGACAAUACUAAGCAUAAAUCAUCUUCGUACCAAAUCUCCCUCUGAUCUCAAAAUACGUUUUAUAUCUAAAUAUAGAAACACGAUGUGGUCUUCCUUUGAAGUUAUCGGUAACCAGUAAACUAACUCCUUGAUAUGUAUUAUGAGUUAGAUAACUGGAACUUGUAAACUACAACUUCGUGCCAAAUACCUGUAUUGUCCGUGACAAUGUCAGAAGAUAAUGAACAAUGUCUAUUGUCAUUAUGUAGAACAAAUGAUUAAUUUAUUAAUUAAUAGAAGAACAAAUUUUUACUCGGACAUUAUAAGCCCUCUCCUUUGUGACCAAAUUAGUGUAAUGAAGAGAACAUUAUUUAAAAAUGUUUAAUUAAGUGAUACCUAAAACAUUUUAUAGAAGUAAAUAUUCUGAGAAUUUUUCCAUAGGCACUGUCUUUUAACGCAUAUUUUAUGAUAUAUGUGCUAAUUGGAUUAAUGAGGUAGAAAUGUGAACCUUGAAGUGUUCAUGAAACCUGAUGCUCUAAUAAUGUCGUACCUACUGUCUUCUUAUAAAGGUACAUUACAAAAAAAAAAUAAGAUUUCACAUACAACUGUCUCAGUUCACAUAUUAUGUAAGUACAAGCUCCGUGGGCGUCACUUGAUGAGAAAAACCCUUCUCAACGUUUUUUACGAUACUCCAUAACAUAAUUAAUACUACCUCUAGUUACUAUAUCCGACAUGAUGAUUAACAACGGUGAAAUAAGAAAGAAAUAUUAUUAUGAUAUUACAAAGAUGACAGCUAAUUACGGAAAUCCUAUAACAGUACAUUUUGACUUUGUAUAUAUUGUUUGAAACUGUAUGUAAGCAAUACACCUACCUAGUAGUUCUAGAAUAACUGUUAUUUUAUGUUUCAAAUAUAUUUCUAUAGUCUAAGUAGAUAGAGAUUGUUAGAUAACUAUUUUUGCCUCAUGAUUCAUAAUAAUAAUUGGUAUAAAUAUGAACUCUAAUUAUACUUGUAAUUAGGCAUAUUAUGUGUUGACUUCAAGUGUAGCGGAAUAAAAUAGUUGUUUAUGAACCUGUAUUGCAGGAACAAUACACUAUGAAUUUUAUUAUUAAUAAAUGUAAAUUCUAGUAGAGAAAUUAAAUUCAAAAAUUAUCUUUGAUAAUAAAUUGUUAUAAGAACGGAAACGCUUACUAGAAAUAAUAAAUGUGGUGUACGUUGAAUAGAACCCAUGAAUGUGAUAUGAUGUUAAACACGUGCAGUGCCUAAAAUCUCAUUUAUUUAUUUAUUUACUUAAUUAAUCUGUGUCUUUUAUUAAAAUCUAAACUAUUUUACUAAACGUUAUGAUUACGCAUACGUUUUGAAAAUAUUUUGUACAUAUUGAAACUUAAUCUUGUAGUACAAACUAUUAGUUACCAUAAAGUUGAAU